UUUCCUUUAUUCUCUCUUUUUCCAACAGUGCGGCAUGCGUCGCCCAUCACUGGGUCAGACGGAAGACGACCUCAGUCGUCUCACAACGGUUAAAUCUCCAACCACAGCUAGUUUAUCUUCAACGGAAACGCAAACGGAACAUGGCGGCGAUGACUUUGGCAUCGGCGGCAGCGGCAACAACAAUGGCAAACAUCAUCACAACGUCAUCAUUUUCCAGCACGACAGUAGCAAAGGCAGCAAUGGUUCGGGGCCAGGAUCAAAGGAUGGCACUGCCGGCAGUCCAUCGACCUCGUACUAUCUGCCCAAUUUGAGUAAUUCAUCCGAGUGGCAAAAUUGUAGAAAACGCAAAGAAAGACAGGACAGCACAUCCUCGGUCAGUCAGGAUCGUAAGCUGAUCCGGUCAAAUAGUGAAGAACACCUCCCAAAUUGUCAGGAGGUCAUCCGACGUGUGUCCUCGCACGAGGAUUUUAAAAGACCAUCGCCACUGAUUGAAAUCAGUUUCGAUAAGGAAAAUAUCAUUGAGGAAUCCGUCGAGGAGCAGCAACAGCUCGAGGAACAGAUAUUCGAGAAGAAUUUGAAGAACAGCUCGGAGAACUUGAAAAAGUUCUUCAUCGGGAGUGAAAGUCUAUGCGUGGCAAACAGAGAUUCCUCCGAAAAUCAAAGCAACAAUAAGUCUGGCGAUCAUGGUCAGCAACAACAGCAUCACCAUCAUCCCCAUCAUCAUACCCAUGCGCAUGGUAAUCAUCUGAGUCAUCACAACCAUUACACACGGCAUCGUUUAUCGCCUUGUCGUGAUGUGCUGAGGACUCGCAAAGAUUCGGACAGCGAACUGGACGGAGAACAUGAACGCCGUAGACACAACGAACGGUUCACGAAAACUAGACCACCGCCAGGGCGCAAAUCCGUCUCCCCGCGGAAUCGCUCAAAGCAGUCCAAACAAUACAGCAGUGGCAAGGAUAAAAGCGGAAAUGAACAUUUUUAUUUGAAGCACGAUUCUCACCAUUCGAUUAAACACGAACGCCGAAGCUAUGGCAAGCGUGAUAAAACUCCGGAGUCGAAAACCCCAGAACCGGAACUCCUCUCUGACUACAAUGACAACAAUGUCCACGGCAAGGAAGGCGUCGAAUGCGCACGUGAGAAACAGCUACCUUGGGACCAAUCUUUCCAGGACGAUACACCGGUUGUGUGUCAGCGCUUUGCCGAUCACAAGUUUGAGCACGCCACCAAGAUGGGAACAUUCGGAGAGGUUCGCAGUCUACCACCGAAUGCCACCAUGAAGCACUUUGGCAGUCACCGAAGCACGGAACUGCACCCGGCAAAUCAGAAACCCAUCCCGCAGGCCAACAACAUGUUUGACGAUCGCAUCAAGGUCAUCAAUCGCAAGCUGAGUCAGCUCAAAAAGAAGCUCAACCAGUACGAGGAUCAGUUCGAACGUGAGAAGGGCUAUCGGCCAGCUCACGGAGACAAAACCAACGAUGGGUCCAUCCGACCGGUUGUCGUCGAGAUACACAAACUGCGCAAGGAAAAGAACCAGAUCAAGGCCGAUCUGGCCGUUUUCAACGCCAAGGCAACGAAAUCAACGAGUGGCGGCGACAAUGGCGAUGACGCCCAGGAUGUUCAGGACGAUGGCGAUAAACUCAGCCAGAUGAAGGACACCAUUGCUGAUAUCGAAAAGCGUCUUCAAGAGAAGCGCGACACGGACCAUCGCAGCGAGAACCUGGAUACCAUGUCCAGUGAUCAGCUGGCUGAGGAGAAAGCUUCUGUUCAGCGCGCAUUGCUCUAUUUGGAAUCGAUUUAUGGGCGCCCGGCUAGCCGUGACGAGCGGGAUGCCGCAAGGCCUCUCUACGAUCGCUAUCGUAUCAUCAAGCGGUUGGUCAAUCGAGCUAACUCCAUCAGUGGACCAUGUGGAGCCAACUCACAGAUGCCGACCAUUCUGGAGCACGAAGCACUGGCCAUCGUAGGAACACCGACACCGUCAACGGACAUAACACCUCCGUCGGCCACCUCGAUGGUCCAAUCUCCGGCGGACACUUCCGUGGCAUCGACGGCCGCACCCUCGACUGAUGAAUCGGAAACAACAACCAGCUCGGCAACGGAAAACAUUCACUCGAUGACGGUGGAAGAACUUUGGGAGCAUUAUGACGCAGCCCGCGAGGAAAAGAAGGAACUCCGUCGGACGAUCAAGGAUUUUGAGCAAAAGUUUGAGGAAACAACUGGGCGGAAGAUGCUCAAAUCGGACCGCAAAACGAUCGAGGAAACUUAUGCCCUAUAUAAACAGAAAAAGGCCAAACUUCGACUCAUCGAUGCUCUGUUCAAAAAGCAAAUGUCCGUUUAGAAUAGUGUUCAUGUUUGAAAUGGUUUCAAUUGUUUCCUAAUGUUUGAUAACCGCAUCUUCCUUUGACCACCUUCCACCCAAAAGUACAAUACUGAAAUUUGAUUCUGAAAAUCCCCAAAUGUCCCUCCAUUCAUUGUGAUCCUUUCGUAUUUAUUUCAUCCCUCUUCAUCCUUAUUUGGAAUACUCGCCUCCGUUUCAUUACUUCUUUAAUUGAACGAAAAUUACCUCGCUCCUGUGUGUUGUUGAAGCAACAACUUUGUGAAACAUUAUUUUUCGAUGUCGAACGCCAUAGUGCGAGAAUUAAAUCAAGAAUCUUGAUAGGUGUGUGUUAUAUGAAACAAAUAUUACUGACAAAAAAACAAACGCUUCAAUGCGUCCAAAAGUAAAUAUUGCUUUCAGGUUUGUUUAAUUGUUUAUUUUUUUUUAUUCUUCUGGUGUCUAUUAUCUGUUGUUAAUAAUCUUGUGUAGUUUUAUGUUUUAUUUUACAAUCUAUACAUACUAGUGAUUAAGGCUCCUCGUGCUUGAGCAUCGCAGGACUUUGAAAAGGUGAAAAACGACAUAUAUUCAAGCAAACCUUAACAUGUAAAACAAAAAUUACACAAUACUGUGAAAUGGUUAUUAUAAAAGAGCAUACAAUUAAGUAUUUAGUUUGGAAUCUAGUGCAACAAUAAUGUAAACGAUAUUUACAUUUCAAAAAAACGUGACCUAAGCGAUGAAAAAACCGAUACAUGUAAUGUAUUCGAGAAAAUUUUUGAUUUAGCCUUUAUAUACAUACGGAAGAAAACGCAAAGUGCAAACUUAUUAUCUUCAUGAUCAUUUUUUGGGCUAGGGGAGAAAAAAAAACAAA